AUGAUUGACAAUGAAAAUUUUUCUAUAAUCUCUCAAGCUGCUGUUGUGACUAAUGUGAUGAAUAUAGACAAUGAAAUUGAGUUAAAUGAAAUAUUGGAAGAUGAAAUUGGAGAUAAAGAUGAUGAGGAAGCAUCUUUUGAUAAUAAUGUUGAAGUGCCUUCAACUUUUACUAAUAUGGAAGGAACAAAUUUGACUAUUGAUGACAAUUGGAUUGUGACACAAUCAACGAGUAAUAAUGAUUUUACACAAGAGUUGGGAAAAGAUUCUUUCAAGGAUAAAGAGGAACUUGUUAGAGCAAUCAAAAUACAUAGCAUUAGGACACAUAGACAAUUUGAGGUCAUUGAGUCACGCCCAACUAUUUGGACUCUAAGAUGCAAGUUGUACUUACAAUCUGGUUGCAAAUGGAGACUUCAUGCAAGUAAACGUAAACGUAGUGGUUAUUUUGAAAUCACAUCAUAUACUGGUCCACAUACUUGUUUACACUAUAAGCUUUCUCAAGACCAUCCGAACCUAGAUGCAAGCUUGAUUGCUAUGGAAACUAGACACCUUAUAAAAGAGCAACCUUCUAUCAGCAUUCCGACUUUGAGAGCUGAAAUAGUUGAAACAUUGGGCUAUACUCCUUCAUAUAAGAAGCUUUGGGUUGGGAAGCAAAAAGCAAUUGAACAUGUGUUUGGAAACUGGGAAGACUCUUAUGUCGCUUUACCAAAAUAUCUAGGCGCACUUCAAAAGUUCAAUCCAGGAACUAUAGUUGAAUGGUGUGUUUCAAGAUCGACUGAUGUGAAUGAAGUUGAAUUUAGGCGUGUUUUUUGGGCUUUUGCUCCCUCUAUCAAAGGGUUUCACUAUUGUCGACCGGUGAUUAGCAUUGAUGGUACACACUUGUAUGGAAAAUACAAGGGUAAGAUGUUGAUUGCAAUGGGAGUUGAUGGUAAUAAUCAAAUUUUGCCACUUGCAUUUGCUAUUGUAGAAAAUGAAUCUUAUGAUACUUGGGAUUGGUUUCUUUCUCAUGUUAAGAAUCAUGUGGUAAAAGACCGUGAAGGCAUAUGUCUAAUAUCUGAUCGUCAUGGUGGAAUUCUUAAGGCUGUCAAUGAGCAUGGAUCUCCAUGGUAUUGUUUACGACAUUUCAUCAGCAACUUUUAUGACAAGUUUCGUAAUUCAGAAUUGAAAGCUUUAGCUUAUCGUGCCGGGAGUCAGAAUCAAAUUCGAAAGUUUAACUCCAUCAUGGAAGAAAUUGGGAAGUUAAAUCCACGUGCUCGAGAAUGA